AUGGCCCCAAAAGAAGGAAUCAAAAGUGCGACUCGCGUGAAUAAAGACAGGGACGUGACUGAAGCUGUCAGGGGCAUCCGUCAUGCUGAUGGCUCACCAUCACCAGGGCUGGACCAUGGUGUCGCAUUCUGCAUCUUCCUAGCUGUAAAUGCUGCAGCAGCGCUCUUUGCGCCCAUUCAAGACUGUGAUGAAGUCUUCAAUUACUGGGAGCCUACUCACUAUCUCAAUCACGGCUAUGGCCUACAGACAUGGGAAUAUUCCCCUGACUAUGCCAUCCGAAGCUGGUUUUACUCGGGCCUUCAUGCCAGCGUCAUUAGCAUCUUACAGUUGCUAUCUGUUACCAAGCAUGUCGAGUUCUAUUUUCUUCGCCUCGUGUUCGCAUUCGUUUGCGCGCUUUGCGAAACGCGUCUCUACGAAGUCAUCCAGAAGACGGUGAAUUGGAGGGUCGCUCUAUUUUUCCUUAUAAUUAUCGUGACUAGUCCUGGCAUGUUCCAUUCCUCGACUGCAUAUCUACCGUCCACAUUUGCUAUGUACACGACCAUGCUUGGAGUGUCUUCAUUCAUGGACUGGAGAGAUGGCCUACGGACAGCUCAGGGUAUCAUGUGGUUCGCCGUUGGAGCCUGUGUAGGUUGGCCAUUUGCAGGGGCUCUGAUACUGCCAUUCAUACUAGAAGAGUUCCUACUUGCUUUCGUUAGCAGCAGCGGCAUUGGAGUCUUCACCCGACUGCUUGACGGGGCAGUCCGAUCGCUGCUUGUUUUGGCACUCCAAGUCGCUAUAGAUACAUGGUUCUACCGAAAACUCACCAUUGUGCCGUGGAACAUCGUCGACUAUAACGUCUUAUCCAAUCAAGAAAAAGGCCCCAAUAUUUAUGGUACAGAACCAUGGCAUUUCUAUGGUCGAAACCUGCUCAUCAAUUUCAAUGUGUGGUUUGUGUUUGCUUUAUUGUCAUGCCCGUUACUACUAUGGCAGCAUCUGACUCGGCGCCAAAAAAUAUCCAACAUGACUAUCCUGCGGGCGUUCGUCUUCGUCAGUCCCUUCUACCUAUGGCUCGGCAUCUUUACACUCCAGCCACACAAGGAAGAACGGUUUAUGUAUCCUGUUUAUCCAGCUCUGGCGCUCAAUGCUGCUAUGUCGCUACAUAUUGUGCUUUCCUACAUCGGUAGUACGGAUCCGCGAGACCUUGCCAGCAAAGUUCCAGCAAGUGUGAAGUUUGGUCUCGUCAGCAUAUUCAUGCUAGGUGCUUUGGACCUGGGUGUUCUCCGAACCCUGAGCUUGGCAACUGGCUACGCAGCUCCACUCCAGGUUUACAGUCCCUUGCGUUCUCCUGGUGUGGCACUGCCAGGCGACAGUAUUUGUUUAGGCAAGGAGUGGUACAGAUUUCCCUCGUCAUACCACAUGCCAGAUGGCGUCAAAGCCAAGUUCGUGAAGAGCGAAUUCAGCGGUCUUUUGCCUGGGGAGUUCCACCAGACCGACGCGGACUCCGGGUUCUAUCCUGCGACAUGGCAGGUGCCGUCUGGGAUGAAUGAUAGGAACGAAGAAGAUUUAGGAAAAUACAUCGAUAUCGCGCAGUGCAAGUUCAUGGUAGAUUCUAGCUUUCCAAGCACCGUGCCAUCUGAACUUGAGCCCAACUAUAUUGAGCAGACAGACACCUGGGAGGCUCUGAAGUGUGAGGCUUUUCUAGACAGUGCAAGCACUGGCAUCUUAGGACGACUUUUAUAUGUCCCAGAUUGGCCUAUCGUUCCGGAACGGUUACGUAGACGAUGGGGUACCUAUUGCCUGCUACGCAGAAGAGGCAAUUCAAACUUCAAACGCCCGGUCGCCGCCCCCUAUCCCGACUGGUCAAUCACGCACACUAAACCCCUAUCAUACCGUCCCUUCCGUCAUGGCCCUAAGUACUACAUAACGAUGGGCCUGCGCAGCAUGCACUGGGACGAAUGGAUUGAGCUCGACAAUGAGUUCAUCAAGUUCCACGCACAGAAAGCAGAGCGCAUCGCCGCACGUGGCAAGAAAUGCUGCCAUACCGCCCCGGACGCGUACGACGGUGCGAUCGAGCUGCUCGAGGAGCUAUGCAGCUACCUGCCACAGCGCUAUCCGAGCAUGUACCGUAAGACGGAUGUCGGCAUGGACAAUAUCGUUACAGGCGAGUCCUUCGAUAUCGUCGCACGUCCGCUAGCCGAGGAUCCAAUGCAGAUGGGCGCACGCUGGGUCCAGGACGACCUGGCGAUUAUGUUUCUGAACCCGGAUGACGGUCAGUACUAUCUCCGGGCGGGCGCAAUUCUGCUCGCGGGGUUUUGGCGGCUCGAGGAUAAGUUUGGCAUGUGUCUGAGCGAUAUCCAUACAUCGGGCGACGUGCCUGGGUUUAAGGAGAAGCUGGAGCGCGGGAUGCUGGGUUUUUUCAGGCGGCUGACGCCGGAGAAGCCGAUGCUACGGAACAAUUAUUUCAUUCAGGUGGAUGAUAAGCUAGCGUGGAGUGAGAGUAUCGGGAGUGAGGAUAGUGAGGGGAUUGGAUGGUACAGCGCGGAGAAGAAUAAACCGAUUAUGCAUCACUGGUUUAGAAGUGAGAGGCAGAGUCUGAGACGCCUUCCGCGAUCGGGAGGGGUUCUGUUCACCAUCCGGACGUACUUUCAUCCUAUCACGUCUAUAGCUCAGGAGCCGUACGUGCCAGGCCGGUUGGCAUCUGCGAUCCGCAGUUGGGGCGAUGAUGUGAGUAGGUACAAAGGAAAGGAACAAUACGGUGAAGUACUGUUGGAAUAUCUCGAUAAGAUGCACGAAAGACAAGUCGCCGAUGGUCUGAAGUUAGAGGAGGAAGACAAAGUACGGACUUAUCCGUGGUAG